ACUCUCGCUUUCUUUUUAAUCCCCUGCAUCGGAUCACCGGCGUGCCCCACGUCAGACGCAGCCGUAGACACCAGCUCCGAAAUCACCAGCAAGGACUUACAGGAGAAGGAAGUUGUGGAAGUGGCGGAAAAUAGAAGAGACGCCCCUGCUAACGGGAAUGCUAAUGAGGAGAAUGGGGAGCAGGAGGCUGACAAUGAGGUAGAUGAAGAAGAGGAAGAAGGUGGGGAGGAAGAGGAGGAGGAAGAAGAAGGUGAUGGUGAGGAAGAGGAUGGAGAUGAAGAUGAGGAAGCUGAGUCAGCUACGGGCAAGCGGGCAGCUGAAGAUGAUGAGGAUGACGAUGUCGAUACCAAGAAGCAGAAGACCGACGAGGAUGACUAGACAGAAAAAAAGGAAAAGUUAAACUAAAAAAAAAAGGCCGCCGUGACCUAU